AUGCCAGAUUCCUAUCUCAAGCGGGUUGUGUGUAUCUAUGGCAUCAAGGGUUGCGGGAAAUCUGUUCUCAUCAAGUCUAUUGCCCAGAAACUUGGAGAACAAGGCCAGAUCGCUCUCCAUUUUUCGUUCUGGUCCGGCAAUGAAAACCAACGAAAGCUAGAAGACCUCUUGAGAACUCUGGUUUGGCAGACUUUAAGGCGCAUCACAGAUGCCGACCUUGAAAAAAUAUCCAAGCUAUUAACUCGGAGUGAUGGGAUCGAUAAGAGGAGCCUAGUUGAGGCAGUCCGCAUUGCCUUAUCUGGUAUCAGCAAGAAAGUCUAUUGCACCAUCGACGGCAUUGACGAGUCUACAGAGGACUGGAACAGUGAUGCCGACGGCUGUCUUUCAACUGUCCUGGACCUGGUCAAGAAUCACGCCAACCUUAACGUGCUCCUAGCUGGCAGGGAACACUCAUUACGAACGCUUCUGAAAAGAGCCGUGCCAAGACUGGAGAUUACAGAAAGUCUCAUACGAGGCGACAUAGCCAAGCUAAUUGCAGUCGAGAUACACGACUCACUCGAAAGCUAUUCACCUGUCAUCCGAGACGAGGCCCAGAAGAAUUUAGAAGUGAAGACUCAAGUUAUGUUCCUUUGGGUGACGCUGGUCUUGAAAGAACUGAGGCGUUGCUCUAGUGUCGAAGACAUUAGACAAACGCUUCAACAAGUUCCCCACGACCUCGACCGCGAAUAUCACCGGCUAUUGUUGCAACUCGUGACUCGUACCCGAGGAUCACUAGCAAAACCUUCGAUAUCGAUGAAGCGAGCGAGAUAUGUCUUGUCCUCCAUCCUAGCCUGUCCUGAGCCUAUGACGGGCGAAGAUCUAUGCUAUGCAUAUGCGACACAGGUCAACGUGAAUGGCACAAUCGAGAAUGACCUCAUCACCAUUGAAGGUAUCAUGGAUGCAUGUGGCGAUUUCGUUAGGGUCACAGAAGGUCGCUAUCAUACCAUCCAUGCAUCGGCAUCCGACUUUCUCAUGCGACCAAAAGACGAAUGGGAAUCCGAAGACAAGGAUAUUUCAUAUUUCCGGGUCGACCUCGCUGAAGCUCAGGAAUCCAUGUCUUUGGCUUGCUUCAAGUACAUCAAGUCUAUAGACCUUGGGUACCCAUUAACAGAUGGCGGGGCCUCAUCUCUGUCGUCAAGAUACACCUUCUUCUCCUACGUUGCAAGAUACCUUCCAUUUCAUCUAGCUGAAGCUCUACAGGGCAAUGGACAAGUUGGCCCCGAAACAUCUAAAUUUGUGAGAACACAUCACUUCUGCGCUUUGAUUGAAUACCUCUUGGCAACUAGUCAGAACUCCCUGCCCAACGACUUCCUUGGUUCUAUGUACUAUUGGAGCGAGAUAUUUGCUAGGAUGUGGAUGGAGCUGAAUCGAGCUUUCGAUCUCGAAUUGGACCGUCGAGAAAGAGACUUCGGGAGCCAAGACGAACGGUACCAAUCAUGGCUCGCUUUAGCGUUUCUAAUUCCUGCAGAUGCCCAGAGAUUGGCUGAACAACAGGCCCAGCCUUUCGCAAGGUCUGCGCGCAAUCACCAGAGCGUGGUGGCAGAGACGAGAGGGAAGGCAAUCUCUAUGUUGCCUCAACAUAUCACAAACACACAUGGCCCUAUCAUUCAAAGAGUGUCUGGAAGUAUUCAGACUCUUUCCCAGAUUUUUGCGACCUUCAGAAGUACAGGUGCAGACCUCCUGGCUUCCUCAGCAGAGUCCAUGCCGGUUCCAGUGCUUCUCCUCGCGGGCAGGACUGCGAAUCGACAAAGGAAUCCACUACUCGCAGAGAAGCUAGCUAUAAUCUCGGUUAAUAAGACAAAAGGAAGAGGCGACAUCUUUGAAUUUUGCAGCUUGCUAUUACUUGCAGCAGUGAGAUUCCACGCAAAUCACGAUACCAGUGAAAUGAACGUGGAAAUGGUGCGCAAGUCCGUUCGAAUUGCAAACUGCCUCCCUCCUCAACCACAUGUGCAAUUACUGAAGAUGGAGGCCCUGGAAAUCUUGGUCUCGAUGCUCUUAAGUUUGGGUAGGAGAGAUGAGGCAGACGAAUUUCUCCGUUCAUUUGAGGAUCUUGUUGGAAGGGAUCGCAAGAAGUUAGAUAGCCGUGUAUGGGAGUAUGGCAUCCGUCAUACUGGACUCGGAGCCGCUCACAGAAUAGGGGGUCUCCAAUACAUGGCUAGAAACCUCUUCUUUAGCGGUAACUAUACAGUUUCCGCAGACUUCGCUGCUCAAGGUAUUGAGAUUCUUGCAGACUCGGGAUCUAAACCGAAACCUAGAGAUCUGGGUUUGCUAGCCAUUCAUCGAGACUCUCUGUAUAAGGCCGGCAAGCUAGAUGAAUGCAUCUCCAGCUGUCAAGAACUACUGGGCCUCUUGACGAAGCUCGCAGCUGAACCUAUUGUUACGGAUGCUCGAUGGCAAACCCAAAUGUUUGUAGCGAGGUGUCUCGCCCAGCAAGGAAAUAUGGCAGAGGCCGACACGUGGUUUCGUAAGGCGGCAGACGAAAUGGCGCUUCUCGGCCCGGAUCGACGGCACCAAAAAGGCCAAAACUGGUUCUUAUUUAUGGUGGAAGAUGCGGCGCUUUUGGGGCAGUACACGGUUUCUCAGUCCCUGGCCCAUGAGCUAUUAGAGAUGAAAAGGGUCCCGCCCCCUAACGACGAGGCGGACUUGGGUUUUGGGCCGCUUGAGUCGCUUGUUUCUAAGCUCAAGGCCAUCGAUUGCAUAGAUCCCGCAUAUCGGGAAUUCCUCCGCUGUCACUCAUUAUUAAUGACAGUGCAGAACGUUCAGAACACGGAAGGGAAGCUGAACUGGUUGGGACGACGACUAUGGUCAAUGCAUGACUACCCGGAAUCUUUCAGCAAGAGAAUACCUCUACUGAAGCUCAAGUACAUCGACACAUGCCUCCAUCUUGAUGAUGGAUUACUGAACGCCAUUGAGGGAUAUAUAAUGCUGGGGAAUUUCUUCUUCGAGCGAGGAAAUACCGAAGCAGCAGAUAUUGUUUCGUCUGAUGCGGCGUCGCGUAUCUUCUCAGACAUAUCCUCAGAUGACCCUUCAUGGAGUUUCAGAUUAGCAAGUCAGGUAUACCUCUUCGCUGGAAAGUUUUCCAAGUGUAUUCCGUUGCUUUGUAAGGGCUAUGAAAAGUCGUUGCAUGUUAAUGGUGAUACAGUCUUCACUUUCGAGAUGGAGAUGGUUUACGCCUUUACGUACAUAUACGCACUGGAAGAAUUUGAGGAAGAUCUCGAGAAGGUCGACUUGCGAUUAUCCUUUCUGGAAAAGUCUUGCGAGCAUUUAUCGAAAGCCUCUAGGAGAAUGGAUUACAUAGACCGACACAAGGGUUCACGGUCACAGGAGGAGCAGAGUAAUGGUGAAUAUGAUGCUGAACAGAGUAGGAGGGAGAGGAUGACAGAUCUGAAAGCUCGGCUGGAAGAUCUUAAUGGAGGCUCUAUGUUAACCGAGGCGAUGGCUAGGCUGGAGUCCGUGGCGCCGGGAGCGGAGGUGUCAAGGGAGGGUAAUUCCUAG